AUGAUCAGACUCUUUGUCGCUCUUUGUGCUCUUUUUUCUCUCUUCACAGCUGUGAAAACUUCUGACAUCAAGGAGAUUGAUGUGAUAACAGUAAAGCUUGAAGAAGAUGUAACUAUGAAGUGUAGCAUUAGCAGUGUCACAAAGAAAGAUAAUGUAGUUUGGUACAGACAGAGUUCAGGAAAAUUACCUCAGUAUUUUGCAAAACCAUACAAGAACGAUUUGGGCUACAAAUUUGUUGAAGGAUUUAAUGAUGAUCGCUUCAGUAUUAGUGUAAAUGACAGUAAAUUUGAUCUCAGUAUUAAAAAAACAAUAGAAGUUGAUGAAGGAGAAUAUUUCUGUGGAGAAAUGGAAGGAAGUGUAUUGAAGCUCACAUCUGGAACACGUCUGCAAUUUGAAGGUAAACAACUAAAAAAUAAGUGUUUUAAAGCAUCUGUAUUUUUCCAUACAGGUUGUUGUUUCCAGAUUCAGGUGAUGAGCUAUCUUUCCAUGUUUAGAGUUGGAGUUCUUGUCUUUCUGGUUAUUAUCUUUACAAUCUUUUUUUUUUACAAUGGACUGAGUUUUGGUUCCAUGGAUGGCCUCCAGAAGUGUGACCUCAGCAGGCCCAGUGUUCUACUGGAGCUGGGGUGUCAGGUGAACCAGGAAACCUACUGGUGGACCAGGGGAAGCAGCGGGUAA